UUCUUUCUCUCAUUCCGCGUGCUUUUCCGACAUUUUGACUCAAAGGUUUACAACUUUUAAACUGAAAAUACGUUUAGAUWAACGUAGUUUAUCGGAAUUUGAGAUUCAAAAUUUACUCUUCAGUUCUUAUUGAAGCAAUUUGGAUAAAAAUUAACUUGUGAAAUACGACCAGAGAUGACCGAAACGAGCAGUGAAGAAAGACGCCAAAAGCUAUUCGUCGGCGGACUCAGUCGUGAUACAGAAGAUGCAGGUUUAAGGAAAUACUUUGCGGAAUUUGGUGAACUGACUGACUGUGUAGUCAUUCGAGAUAGCAAUACAAAAGAGUCUCGUGGAUUUGGGUAUGUAACGUUUAGUGAUUACAGACAAACAAAGAAAGUACUGGAAGCCAAGCGAACUCAGGGYCCACACAAGAUCGAUGGCAAAGAGGUCGAAGUGAAAAGAGCGAUACCUCGCGAUGACAAUAGCAGUACAGCCCACACCAAGACAAAGAAAGUUUUUAUCGGAGGCGUACCAGAUACYGCCAAUGAAGAAGACAUAAAAGCUGCAGURACAGAUGCUCUCGAAUCAAGCGUYGUCUCGGUGGAUUUGUUGAAGAAGAAAGAUGACAGUGGCGGCCAUCGUGGAUUCUGCUUUGUUGAAACAGAGAAUGAAGACGAUGCAGAUGAACUUUGCUGCAUUAAAAAGGUCGAAAUAAAGGGCAAAAUGGUUGAAAUGAAAAAGGCGGCACCCAAAGAUAAAGAUGGCGGUGGUGGUGGAAGGGGAGGUGGUAGAGGCGGAGGAAGAGGUCGAGGAGGAUUUUCAGGGGGUCGUGGACGAGGAGGUGGUGGUGGUGGGUAUGGAGGCGGUGGUGGUGGAUAUGGAUAUCAAGGAUAUGGUGGUGGGGGGUAUGAUAGUUAUAAUAGCAGCGGCUAUGGUACUUACGAUAGUGGGUAUGGUUCUUAUGGAACUGGAGGUUAUGGUGGGGGAUAUGACAGUAAUUACAUGGGGGGGUAUGGUCAGAGUACUUAUUAUCCUCCAAGUGGUGGAAGAGGUGGCCGAGGAGGUGGUGGUCACCGAUAUACUCCAUACUAGAACCUCAAGGUGUAAGAAAGAUUGAUUCCAGUUUAAGUCGUAGUACCUAGGAUCAGGCUAAGUUAAGGCUUCCACAACUUAGCAUCAGCAACUUUACUUCAGAACUUCAGAAGAAAUCACCCAACCAUCGAUGCAAGCUAGGGCAGAACAAGGCUUAGGACUGUUUUUAACCAGUUUUAGUAUUAGCUGUAAAGUUUUAUCAUUCAAUUUUUCUAUAAUUCUUCUGUUUAUUAGCACGCUAAGUUAACAAAUAAAGUUACAUAUCCAGUAUCGUGUCGUGUAAGUUUUUUGUGAAURAAUUUGUAGCUAGCUA